AUGACAGACAUUAACACUCAAGAAACAGCACAGCUCACUCUCAAUGCUAAACUAGCUUAGGAUAUUGCUCAGAUUGAACUAGAUGAUCAGGUCUAAUACUCCCCAAGGACUUCAGAAAAGGGAUCCAUGAAAGGCAAAAGAUCUCAGAAAGAUGGUAGUGGUAAGUCAAACGGAGUAGCAAUGGAUCAAUUUGCUGAUUUGAGAAAGAGCAUGCAAAGAAUAGAAAGAGUGAUUGAAAGCGGAGGCAUAUCUUAGCAGGUGCAGAAGAAUAGGCAAGCUCAUCACGAGAGUUUGACGACCUCAAUGAAUUCACCAGUUAAAACUUCGAAAUUAGAUAAACACUAUGAAGACUCAGCCUCUGGUAAAUUCCACAGUCAAAUAAAGCGUUCAAAUGAAUCUCAUAAAUUGAAUGCUGCUAAUGGUUUCGGCUCAUCUCCUUCUAGUAAUGGCUCCUCUUCUGUGAAUGGAGCCAAGGGCUCAAACUAUCACAAGCUUGACAAAGACAAUAAAGCGCUUUCUAAGAAUAGCAGGAAUACCAUAGCCAAGCCAAACGCUGAUGAUCCCUAUAGAAACGCGGCAGUGGCAUCUACAAAUAGUAAUGGAAAUGGAUUUAAAAAUAAAAAACUUGAAGAUCACUCAAUUUAAGAUGACACAAGCAAUUACUCAAUGCCAGCUCAAAUCCAACCAAAAAAAGAUUUGAAUUUGAAUGGUGCUAAUCUAAACAGCUCAACUAAACUUUAACACUCUUUCAACACAGACAAGGGUAUAGGUUACUCUUCAAAGACCACUCUUCAAUCUAGAGAUAGAAAGGGUUCUCACAGAUAUGUAAAGAAACAGACUGAUCUGAGCUUGGCAAGUGGUAGCAGCAGCACUGGAAGUUAGAGUGGAGACAAUAACAGAGGUGGCAAGAAGUAGAGAACAAAGAGCAAGUUAGUCCCAUUGUCUUACUCCAUGUAGAAUAAAAAUCGUGCUAAUAUGAGUACCAGGAGAUAAGUGAAUAUAAAUGUGUAGAGUGAUUCAGAGGAUCAAAAUAAUAUGUAAAGAUCGAAAUCAGCUACAUCCUUUAAAUCAAAGCUAAAAUCAACCACAUUCAAUGGUGUUAAGAAACCAGUAAGUCCCAUAAAGUCAAGCACCUCAGCAGGUGGCUCAACACACACACCAAAAAUAACUUAUACUAAAAAGAGUCAAAGAUUAGAUGGCAGUGCAAAUAGAAGUGCUCUAGUUACACAGUCCCUUAAUCUUAACUCUAUGAAAGACUAUCAAUAAACAGCGAAUGAAUACGCUUUAGCCAAGAAAGCACUUCUUGAAUUCAGUGAGAAAUUUGACUUCUAGAUCUUUCAAGAUGUGAAAGGUAAUCCAGAGUCAUUCAGCGUGUUUUAGAGAUUCUGCCUUAUGCUUUUGAUAAUUCAUGGGGAAUUGGAAAGAGUGCAGUAGGACAGAUCUGAUGAAUUUCUUAAGAAACUUAAUGUAUACAAGGAGAUUACAAAUAUUAAGAAGAGUCUUGAUGAGUCUAAGUACAAGUUCAAAGAACUUCAACCACUCUUUCAAGAUAGUGGUACACUGAAGGAAAAUAAAUUGCAAAAGUUCAUUAAUCUUGUAGUAAAAUAUGCUGAGCUGAAAGCUAAACUACAGGAUCAAAGCUAGGUCUCUUUAAUAAAUGACUCAUAGUCAGCUGCAAGUGAGUAAAUAGAAACUCAAUCAAAUGGAAGUAUGAUGACUGUGCAGACCAAUGGUGCCUAUUCUUAACUAGGUUCGAAAGAAUAUUACUAAUCUUCUAAUAACUUGACAUUGAACUAGAAAUCUCCAGGUCGUAAACUCUCCCAUAACUCAUCAUAAUAUAACGCAAAAACUUCAUCCCAAGGAUCGAAGAGUCUUAAGGUAUCUUAGACCAUCAGUUCUAAGAGAUCUGACUCAACUCGAGGUGACUUUAAAUCCCCAGAAAAUACCACUGCUUCAAAGCCUAAAUCUCAGUCAAUCAAUGUGAGCAAUGCUAGCAUCUCUAACAAGAAGGUGGAUAAACACCGACACUCUAUUAAGCAAGUUAAAUAGUUGCAGACUAUAAAUGUGGAUAAGCCACUCUAGAUGAAGUAGCCAUUGUAGAAUUCUAGCAAUGCAAACACAUCCAGCACUAUCACUGUGAGAAAGUCUGUCAAUUUAGACUCUAAGAAGAUGGACUUUAACAGUCGAGGCAGUAUUGGAGCUAAAGAAGGAGUCCUAGGCACUUCACUUGGACUUGCUGGCAACUCCACUCAAACAAUUCAUAGUGACAGUGAAAACAGACUAAACACUCAUUUGAUUAAGAUUGGACAGUAGGAACUGAGUGACGAUGCUUCAAGUGCUGAAGAAGAUAAGAAAAAACCUGGAAUUUCUGAGAUUAGCAGCCCCACCUUCAUAGACUUAAAAAUGGGCAAGAGCAGUGUGAUCAGCAAUGAAAAUCCUUUUGAGGCCAAGCCAACUGUCCGAGGUUCCCCUAGCCGUGACUAUCAAAUUGACUUGGUAUAAGAAGCUUGGAAAAUGGUGGCUCAUCAACUGGAUAACACCCACAAAGCCAAUCCCCUAGAUUUCCACUUUAGAGUGCACAAAUGCUCCAAGGGAGAUUCAGCAGAUGAGGAGAAAUUCUUUAAGUACUCUGGCAGCCCUCCUCCCAAUGUGAGAUAUGAAAAACUUGACAAGGAACUUGACUAUGACUAUAAAUUCAUGAGGCAGUAAACACAGGAUUUAUAUGAUUCUAAUAAUGCUCUGCUAGCCAACAGUAUAGGCUAUAGAUCAAGAGCUAUUGGCGAAUAAAUGAUCAAUGACAGAGAAAAGGAAUAGAGCAAUGGUCUCGCCAAGAAAAUUGAUAUGUCAAUAAUAGACAGAAUUAAAUAAAUGCGUAGUUAGAGCAGGGAAAGCGGGGACAGUCUGCUGCAGAAGAGAGAUGAAGUAAUAAGACAGAUAUAGCAGAAGCAGGGACAACAGAUUGAGGACAUUAGCAAUGUGGGCUAGAGAGUCAGAUUCACCGAUGAGACUACAUCCAACACUGAGGACAAGUAAUGA